AUGAGCAAAUGGUUUUUCCUGCAUAACAAUCCUUUAAAUGCACAUUUUCUGAACCAGAGGGAAAAAGAGAUUGCCAUUGAACGUAUUAGAGGAAAUUUCCAAGGAAUCGGAUCGCGUAAGUGGAAAUGGUCCCAAGUCCGUGAGGCAUUCAUUGAUCCACGCACCUAUUUGUACGUUAUUUUCUCCCUUCUGAUGAACAUUCCUAAUGGCGGUGUGACAUCUUUUGGCAAUAUUAUUAUCAAGUCUUUUGGGUUCCAGAAUCAAAGAUCUCUUCUACUCUCCAUGCCAGGUGGUGCAGUGGACCUUGUGUUCAAGCUAACCAUGCCCUGGUUAUCAGAUAAAAUGAUUGACAGAUCGUUCCCGGCCAUGAUAGCCAUUGCUUUCCCUAUGGUUGGGGGAAUCAUGAUGAGUACGAUCGAUGUGCAUGAUAAGUCUCCAUUACUUGUGGGCUACUAUUUCAUAAGUGCAGCCGGUGCUUCCUGGGGGCUUGUUAUGUCUAUGAUCGCCUGUAACACAGUUGGGUCUACGAAAAAGUCCGUUGUGAACGGUUUGCAGAUUUUAGCUUACGCUGCAGGUAACUGGAUCGGGCCACAAACAUUCAGGUCUUCCGAAGCACCAGUAUAUCCUACGGGUAAGAAAUUGGUCGCCAUUUUCUAUGGCCUGUCUUUAUUCACCCUGCUUCUUAUCAGAUUGGUUAAUAUAAUCGAGAACCGUCGUCGCGAUAAGCUAGAAGCAGAGGGCAACCUCCCAGAGGAACCCGAAAAUUCAGAAUUUUUGGAUCUUACAGACUUCCAACAACUUCAAAUGAGAUAUGUGCUUUGA